AUGGCAGAAGGAACUCGAUUGCGAACUCAAUUUUAUAAAGUUUUGAAGAAUAAAGAAUGCUCGAAGAUGUUUCGAAAACAUGAAUUUGGCCAAAAUCUUAAAUAUGCAUUAGUAGAACAAUUCCCUAUAAAUAUUCAAAUAAUGGAAGGUAGUAAUGAUUCCAAUGAUGAGAACGUGGCCUAUACUAUUAUAAUCUCUGGUUCUCAAAUGUUGCAAAUCGAGUUUUUGCUUUGCAUUCAUCAAAAUACAUUGAAACAAUUAGAAGAACAACAUGAAGAUGUAAGAAUAUUUGAGUGCAUUAAAGAUGGAUAUUUUAUUAGUCCGAAGAAGUUUCAUGACAGCAUUAAAGAGUUGCUACAAAAUCUUGCUGCCAAUUGUCAACGAACACAAUUUACUAUCAAAGAGAUUUGCUUUAGUUCCGUAGCUGCAGCUGAAGAACAACAGCUCAUUGAGGUAGCCUUAGCUCACAAUUGUCUUGUACAAACGAAAAUUGACUCAACGAAUACAAGUUAUACAUUUCCAGUUUCAUGCUUAAGUAAAGAGAAUGCAGAAGUUGUUCCGGCUGCUAUGUCGAUUGAUAUUCGAAUUGGUGAUCUUGCCACACAAACAGUCGACAUAGUUGUUGUUUGUUCAACGUCACAGCAUCUUAUGAAUGAUAUCUGUAAAAAGGCUGGCAAGGCUGUAGCAGACGAAGUGAAUGCAGCUACUCAAACCGGCAAAAUUAUGAGUGAAGGUUAUGAAACAGUAGGUGGAAAUUUAUUUUGUCAGAAGCUCUUUUUUCUACCUUGGACAACGCAAAAACUCGAUGAUAUAACUUUACGUCGAUCAAUACAAAAAUUUUUUCAAACUGCUAUUCAUCAUACAGUAAAUACAGGAAGAACUUCUCUAGCAUUUCCAGCUCUUGGUUGUGGCGAAUUGAAUUACGAUCCUUCUACGAUAGCUGAAAUAAUACUUGAUGAAACUCAGAUAUAUGCAAAUUAUAAUCUACAAAUAUUGAUUGUACUUCUUCCGGAGAAGACUGAAAAUUAUAAAGCAUUUUGUUUCAAAUUAGCUGAAUUACGACAAAAAAAAUCAGUCAAUAAUCCGACAAAUUUCAUAUAUCCGCACUCAAUCGUUCAAAUGACAUUAACAGGAUUAGAACAAGACAUAAAAGAAUCUUGGAAACUUAUCCAAAACCACGUCAAUAAAUGUGUUCUCACAGUAGAAUGUGAUGAAUUUCCAUUCUAUACUUGGAAUCAGAAAACGAUUGAUUCUUUCUAUAAAUUUUGUUUGGAAAGACAAAUUCUACCUGAAGUUAAUCGAUUAAAUGACAAAUUAAAACUUUUAGGACCUAAAGAAGAAGUCAAGGAAGCACAAAUAGAAUUUUAUCGAUUGAAAAGUGUUAAAGCUGAAGAAGCACGCAUUGCAUCUUAUGCUCGAGUUGCCGUCUGGUUAUUGGAAAUAGAAAAUAAUACUUUUGAAAAAUAUUCACUGAAAUUAAAUGCAUUGUUUGAAACGGCACUCGAGCUUAACAACGAAGUGUUUGCAGGAGUUGCAUACGGAGUUGGUGUAUAUUUUUCAACCAAUGCUUCAUACAGUCAUGACUACACCUCUGUGAGUCCAACGACUCAUCGACGUUGUAUGUUUUUGGCAAAAGUACUUGUCGGUAAAGCUGCACCAGGCAACAAAAACAUGAGAAUUCCACCAGCUGGUUAUGAUUCGACAACAGAUAACAAUCAUAUCUUUGUGACUUACCAUGAUGAUCAAGCAUAUGCUGCAUAUCUCAUCACAUACAAAAGUCCUGGUAAUUGA